AGCUUGUUGAGAGUUUUCUCCGGUGACUUUAUCGUCGCCUCUCACCGUCACCGCGAACACCCCAUCUCCAUCCUCAACCCUUUUUUUGUCAUUACUAGUAGCGCGUACAUCUCCCCUUUCAAUCCAUCUUGCCAUCUCUCACACAAUCUCCUACUUCCAUCCCGUCUCAUUCUCUUCCAGAAAGACUCAUUUCUCCACCCGUUCUCUUCGCGGUGAAUCACGUCAUGUCAACAAACCUCACUUCUCCGCAGUCACACAAUACCCUUCCACCCGGUGAUCAAUUUAACAGACCUGAGUUAAGACCUACAAAUAGUGUUGUCAGCUCUACCCAGUCGCCUCUAGACUGGUCAAGUUUUAUGAAUUUCCAAACUCCUCCUGGAGUUCAAGGCAAUUCGUUGGGGCCGCAUCGCUCGCUGAGUAGCUUGGAGAAUGGCCAACCAGGACGGGUAAGCGGUCAUAGCAUGGCAACCCCUAGCGUCGAGCCUAGCAGCUGUCCUGGAGAUCAGUAUCAGUCUUUUGCACAAGGAAUUGCUCUCUCUCAAGCCUCAUCGUCAGCAAUCAAUUUUCAAGCGCCUCAACCACGAAUCGUAAGGCCAAGUCAGUUCUCUACAUCACAGCAGUACGCUAUAGACUCCUCCCCGCGGCAGAGUCAAGCAUAUACUUCACCAAAUUUCCAAUUUCAUCCCUAUGCUUCUCAACAAUAUUCGCAUCAUCCAUCACCUCAAAUAUCCUCUCCCCACACUCCCGCGGACCAGCUGUUCAAAGGCAAAUCUCCAGCCUCCAGUUCCUCACAUAGCCACUCAAAUCUGACACCGGGUAGUUCGGUCCAGCCAUCGCAUCCAGAACCGCUUCGUAGAACCAGUGGCGACAUGAGGCCGUCAGACGAUGGCGACAGUGGUUUGUCUCUUGACCUGUCCAAAUUUCCGAGGGAUGUACGCUUUCAGGUUCCUUCCUUUCCGACAAAUCGUGCGCCAGGAGCUCCUCCAGCUGGUAGUCAAGCUUGGACUGAGUAUUCAAACACCUCUGUUCAGAGCUCUGAUGCUUCUCAAACUGCGCCAGGAGGCUUGUUCGCACGCGCAGCGUGUGUAGGAGGGCCAGCUUGGACCAUGGCUCCAGAUCAGGGGCGGCCCUUUGGCUCAAAUGAAAACGCUGGUUGGAACAGGUGGGAUCAAGCUCAAAUGAAGCAGAACGGAUUAAGUAUGGGUGUAGGUGUAGGAAUGGCUAUGGCUCAGAUGGGAACGGUUUACGUCAACCCUAAUUUGAAUCCUGCCGUUUAUGGUCAAGGAAUCCAAUCUUUUCCGUCUAAUGGUUAUUAUGGUGGUCAGUAUAAUUUACAACAAGGCCAGCAUAUGCAGCAGGAAAACGAGUCAGGUGGUGGGGAGGUGGGAAGCAGAGAUAUUGCGAUGAACAGCCCCCACCAAUAUGCGGCCAUUUCAGGGCCGAUUUAUGGUCCCGGCCCACCUUCCAGUAAUCACUUUAGCUCGCCUGGUAACCCUCAUCUACAGCCACAUACAUCGCCUUCAUCACAUCGGGCGCCAUCCCCCCGUCCGUCUCACGAUCAAACGCACGCCCCUAACAUGAUGUCCACCUCGGCUAUCCUUCCUCAGCGCCCUUCCUAUGAUCAAAAUAUCUCGGAUCAUCGACUUCCCCAUCAAAUUGACUUCUCCAGUGCCGCCUCUGUAUCUAAUCCAAACCCACACCGUCGUGAGAUGAACUUUACAUUGUCAUCUACGACUUCGUAUGUACAUUCAGCCGAUGGCCGAGCCCUUCUACAGCACCCACUACUAUCUCCCGCCCAACAAGCUUUACAAGAUGGCCCAGGUUUGUAUUCCACUACCGGCUUUGAUAUGCUUGGUAUAUUGGGAAGAGUAGCAGCCAGAAAGAAUCCCAGCAUGGUGAUUGGACCUGUCGACCUGAGUUGUAGUUUCGUAGUGGUGGAUAUAAGGAGAUAUGACUCUCCCAUUGUCUACGCUAGUCCGAAUUUCACCAGGUUGACUGGUUACGAGCUUCCCCAACUUCUCGGCCGUAACUGCCGAUUCCUCCAAAGUCCCGAUGGAGAAGUGACCAAAGGCUCCAAACGUGAAUAUACGGAUAAUGAGGCUGUCUAUCUCCUCAAACGAUCUCUCGAGGCUGGAAAGGAAUGUCAAACCUCUCUUAUCAAUUAUCGACGGAAUGGCGAACCUUUCAUCAACCUUGUCACUGUUGUGCCUAUACCGUGGGACGGUCCUGACAUCGUCUACCAUGUGGGCUUCCAAAUUGACUUGGUUGAACAGCCAAACAAAAUCCUCCGUAAUAUGCAAGAUGGGAACUAUUCAGUGGACUACACAUAUUCCAUCCCACCUGAAAAACCUCUACAGCUUGAUGGAAAAGGUGCUGCCAUAGCAGGCCUGAGUACAGCCGUGCUGGACAUUAUGGGCAGUAGGACGAAGGCACUCGCGGCGGGUACGGAAGAGGGGGCACGAAUGGAGUGGUUUAAGAUGAUUCUGGAUAAUACGGAUGACUUCAUACAUGCCUUAUCACUCAAGGGUUUCUUUCAGUACGCUUCAUCUUCCAUUCGACGUUCUUUAGGGUAUGAGCCUGAAGAUCUGUUGAACAAAAACAUCUCCGAAUUCGCACAUCCGUCUGAUAUCGUGCCCGUCAUCCGUGCCCUAAAAGAUUCCACACAAACGAUUGGGGAGGAGCAGCAACCAAAACCUGUUCAUUUCACCUUUCGCAUCCGCACGAAGAACUUUGGGUACGUGUGGGUGGAAAGUAUGGGACGGCUUGUCGUGGAAGCUGGCAAAGGUCGGAAGGCUGUCAUCCUUUCUGGGAGAGUGAGGAACAUGCCCACUUUGAGCUGGGGCAAGGUAGCAGAGCACGGUGGGCUCGCCAAAACGGAGUUCUGGGCCAAGAUUUCAUUCCAAGGUUUACUCCUAAAUCUCACUUUUGGCGUUGACAAGGUCUUGGGCUACCAAGCUGAAGAGAUUCUGGGUAGAAACUUAUUUUCUCUUUUGCCUGGUGGCCAAAAUACCCCUCCGUCUGGCGAACAUCUCAUUAAUAACUAUGCUUCAGCUCCCGAUAUCGCUCCUGUUGCCAAGGCAAUCUAUCAAACCAUACAUGACAGUACCCACCGGGGCGCGUUGUCUAUUCGGCAAAAGAUGGUACAUCGUUCUGGCCAGCCUGUCGACGUGAUUCUGGUCUUUUACGCUCCAGGGCAAGCUAAAGACAAGCAAUCGCCCAUUUCUUACUCAAAUAAUGACGAAUCGGCUUCAGUCAAUUUUAUUGGCACACCAAACGGAGCUUCGACCUACCCGGUCAAGAUUACCGAUAUUUUCGUCCAGGUCAAAUUGCUGUCAUCCUCCCCUUCGCAUCAACGCUCCGUCCAGCCCCCCUCAAUCGCUUCACUCACUCAAGCCCGCCCCCUCGUCCAUCUACCCAACGACAAUAUUUUUGAAGAGCUGGAGACUGGGAGAGACUCUUCGUGGCAGUAUGAGCUUCAUCAGAUGAAGAUGACAAAUAGGAGGUUGAGAGAUAGCAUUGCGGCUCUCAAAGAGAAGAAGGCUGGGAAAGCGAAGAAAAGAAAGUACAACAUUGUGGAUGAGAGUCCCGAAAACCAAUCAGAAAUCAUUGAUACGAGCUUAAGCUCGCAAAUUGGGGGUAUUGGAUUUUGAUAUGUGCAUGAGAGGCAAGCCUACUGCUACUUGCGUGAUUUGCUGUAUUGUCUUCAGUUUGUUUGUUGUACAGAAUCGUCGCAAGUUUUUAGCUUUGCAUAGUUCAAUGCCUAAGCAGGCAAGCAUGAAUGUAAUGUAGUAUACAAUACUUGUUUUUGGCCUUACUUUGUAAGGUGUAUCAAG